CGCCGUCCGCCAUACCGUACCCAACUGCUCCUUGUCCACGUUCUCCGUGCCCCCUCCACCAGAAGCGACCUUUCACAACUCAUUCGCCAUGUCGUCGGACGCUCAACGCGAGCUCGCCCCUGCCUUUGCGCCAUUCUUUGGCAUGGCUGGUAUUGCCUUUGCUAUGAUUUUCGGCUGCGUUGGAGCUGCAUUCGGCACAGCAAAGUCUGGUAUCGGUAUCGCUGGUGUCGGUACCUUCAGAUCCGACCUGAUCAUGAAGUCGCUUAUCCCUGUCGUCAUGUCCGGUAUUAUCGCAGUCUACGCCCUGGUCGUCGCCGUCUUGAUUGCUGGUGACAUGCGUCCUCCUCCCGGCACCCACUACAGCUUGUUCACAGGCUUCAUGCACCUUGCAUGUGGUCUCUCGGUCGGCCUGACAGGUCUUGCUGCCGGGUACGCCAUUGGCAUCGUUGGUGACAUGGGUGUGAGAUCGUACAUGCAGCAAUCACGAAUCUUUGUUGGCAUGGUCCUGAUCCUCAUUUUCGGCGAAGUCUUGGGUCUUUACGGCUUGAUCGUUGCCCUUAUCCUCAACACCAAGAGCAGAGCCUAGACGUGCCUCCUCCGUCCGCUGCUCCCCUAAAACCACCUCCACACGCUGUACCAUAUACCAAAUAACAAUCAUCCAAAUCAUACCGUCAAUAGAACUUAUCACAAUGAGAUAUAUGCGCGUAGCAAGCCACGACUCUAGUAGUCUUGAACUCCCGUCUCCCCUUUCUUCUCGCCUUCGCCUACAAACUCGGCUUCUUCUUGCUCGAAGUAGUUCUCUUCUCUUUCUCUUCUGUCCCAGUCCAAGUCGUCAUAGCGUUCGUCUUCGUCGACAACCUUGUAGUCGAAGUCUUGGUCUUCGCCACGAAGGAAGCGCAUCUCGACGUAUUCGCGCCACUUUGACAGCCCUUCCUCUUUUGUCUUUGGUCUAUCUUCCUCAUCU